AUGUUCUGGACACCUGCCAGGAUAGCAGUUACGAGAGCAGCUGACUCAUUCCUGGAUGCUGGUGCUCGAGGCAGUGGGGGUAGUGGUGGUGGUCUAGGACUUUCAUCGCCUCUGGGCGAACCUCCUCCUCCUCUGAGUAAACCUCUUCCUCCUGCGCGUGAGCCUCCCCUCCUCCGAAUGAACCUCCUCCUCCUCCGUGUGAACCUCCUCCUCCUCCGUGCCAACCUGCUCAGUACCAACUUCCUCCUUCCCCAGACGGUAGUGGUGGUGGAGGACCAGCUGGAGGCGGUGGUGGUGGUGGUGAUUGGCCAGCUGGAGCUAGUAGUAUUGGCCGUUGUGAUUGUGGUGGUGAUGGUGGUUGUGAUCGUGCUGGUUGUCAUAGUGGAGGAGCCUGAGGCAAUUGAGGCACCAAACGUGAAGGAAAUAGUUGAUACUAGCCGGUCAGACUAUGAUGAUGCUCCAGAGAACAAUCACGAUAGCUCUGAGGAGGAUGAGAAUGAACCAAAGGAUGGACCUCAUGACGCCUUCCCAUCUUACACCUAG